CAGGAGGGGGACGGCCGAGGGACCCAGCCCGGGGCUGCGCAGUCGGACGCUGACCGGGGCGCGAGCGGGCGACGCCGGGCUUGCAGCGCCGAGCAGAGAGCAGAGCCAGCAGUUUUAACAACAACAGAAAAAGGGAGCUCCAGGCCCAGCAGGAUGGCGUCAGCCUGUAUCAAAAUUACCAAAUACUUCCUCUUCCUCUUCAACUUGCUCUUUUUUAUCCUGGGCGCCAUGAUCCUGGGCUUCGGCGUGUGGGUCCUGGCCGACAGGAGCAGCUUCAUCUCUGUCCUGCAGACCUCGUCCAGCUCACUCAAGGUGGGCGCCUACGUCUUCAUCACCGUGGGUGCCGUCACCAUGCUCAUGGGCUUCCUGGGCUGCAUCGGUGCCAUCCGGGAGGUCCGCUGCCUGCUGGGGCUGUAUAUCACCUUCCUCCUGCUGAUCUUCAUCGCCCAGGUGACGGCCGGGGUCCUCUUCUACCUAAACAUGGGCAAGCUGAAGCAGGAGAUGGGCGGCAUCGUGAGCCAGCUCAUCCAGAACUACCAGGACGGCCAGGAGGACAGCCUGCAGGAAGCCUGGGACUACGUGCAGGCCCAGGUGAAGUGCUGCGGCUGGGCCAGCUUCUACAACUGGACCGACAACGCGGAGCUCAUGAACCGUACCAACAUCACCUUCCCCUGCUCCUGCAAGAGGAGGGAGGAAGACAGCGACACCCUGGAGAGGCGGGGCUUCUGCGAGGCCCCACGCAACGCCACCCAGAGCGGCAAUAGCCCCGAGGACUGGCCCGUGUACAGAGAGGGCUGCAUGGAGAGGGUGGAGGCGUGGCUGCAGGAGAACCUGGGCAUCGUCCUGGGCGUGUGUGUGGGCGUCGCUGUCAUCGAGCUCCUGGGGAUGCUCCUGUCCAUCUGCUUGUGCCGGCACGUCCAUUCCGAAGACUACAGCAAGGUCCCCAAGUACUGAGGCAGCGGCUGUCCCCACCUCCCUGCCCGUCCCCCGCCUCCAGGGGUCCUUCUAGAGGCCUCCCUGGCUCCCUCCCCCAGGCCCGCCUCCCGCCCCACUGCCAAGGCCCCUUGCCCAUCCUGUGCUGGCUGGAAAUGGGGGGCUCUCUGGGGCCUGGACCCCCCUCCCUGUCUUUCCGCCUCCGGCUUUGAGCCCGGCUGUUCCAUGGCUCCUCCGCUCCCUGCCCACCGGGGUUCUCUUUGCAACUCAGAGAAAAUGCUGCCGCAGCCUCCCUGUGCAGAUGGGCUGGGCUCUACCUGCUUCCAGGGCUGUACAUAGUUGGGGGGAUGUGUUAGAAACUGGGCGGAGGGUGGGGGUCAGGUGCCCGGGCUGUCAGGGGACUGCCCACUGCGUGGGUCAACUCAGUGUCCACUUCGAUGCUUGUAUGUUUGGGUUUCGCAUCUUCAUUAAAUGUCACGGGAGGGGUGGGCUGUAGCGGACUUGGGAGCGGCCCCCCUUCCCCAGGCCUGAUUCGGCCUCUCCGGGCAGCUCAGAUCAGCCUGGGCCACGAUUUGGGGCCUGGGCCAAAGGGGGGCUGCCUGGCCCUGGGCUGCUUAGGGAGACAGAGGGAUGAACCCUCAGGGCAGGGCACAGAGCUGGCCCUGCAUUCGCCUGGACCCUGAGCCGUCCAGGGAAGCGGGGACCUUUUCUCCCGUCCUCUGCCCCCGGGGAGUGGGUGGGUGCGGCUGUGCCCUGUGGCGAAGUGGGAGGGGCUCCGUGCACCGUUCUGUAAAACAUACUGGAGGUUUGAUCACUGACUUUAUUAAAGAGGGUUUGUAACAACCCAGCCUGCUGUGGUGGGGACGCUGCUCCCGGGGCGGAGGAGGGAGCGGGUGUGAGCAGGGUGGCUGGCUCUGGGGACAGAGGGGCGCCCUUUCUCAGCAUCUCCAGGCCCCCUGCAGCCUGGUGGACGAGCAGAGUGGCGCCCGCCCUGGCUGCGGCGUGGCUGGAGUUUAAUUUGUGAGCGGAAACAGGUGUAGACCACACAUCUGGGUUCAUGCUUCCGAGGCCGGGGUGCAGGUGUCCCCAGAAGGUGCACAGAACUGGGCUGGGGGGUGGAGUCCGUGAAGCCACAGGAUCAACGCGCCUCCUUCUGGAGCAUCCGCUUUUCAGAAAGGAAGGAGGCAUUUUCUUCAUAUGCAAUGAGUGUGAUGGAGGAAGAUGAGGUUCCAGCUCGACCCGCCAGGCGGCGCUGCUGCCCAGCCCGAGAGCCAGCAGCCCGGCAUCCUCCCGGUGGCUGCAGGCACCUCGCCAGCCCAGGCCUGUGGGUCUCCCUCCAGCGGGGGCGCUGGCGGAAAUGCAGAUUCCCAGGCUCGGGAUUCUGGUGCCUCCCUCGGUUGGGGACAAGGCAUCUGCAUCCCGCCGAGGUGAUUCCGAAAUCACGUUGCUUUAGAUCCUCAGGCCCCAGUGAGAUGUGACCGCAGACGCUCCCCAAGGAGAGAAGGAGCUGGGAGCCGGGCCGGACAGCCUGUCCUGGGUGAGGACGGAAGGGACACACCUUAGUGAUGGUCUAACUCUUGGUCUGAACCUGACGCACUUCUUGCAAGAAGCUUCCUGUGGCUCAAACCCGGGGGCACCGCUUUCAGGCCUGCGGGAGGCGCUGGGUGCGAGGCUGGGGGCUGAGCGAGCUCCCCUGGAGCUGUUCUCUGUUGCACCGAGGGCGCCCAGCAAAGCCGUUCCAGCCUAUUUGACUUCCGACCUGCUCAUCCCACAAAGGCAGUAGAUAUAAUAAAAGAUACAACGUGGAGAAAAUAGACAUUCAUGAAGAAGCGUGGACCCAGAUGAAAUAAACACAGCUGAGUUACCAACCUGGUGGUGGCCAGUGCGUGCUGGGCACAUAGUGCGCUCUGUGGCUGUGCUCACAGCAGGCAUCCCUAAGGGAUCGUUGCUGCCAUUUCCUUAGCCCCGUAUGCCCUGGCCGUGCUUACAGCUACUAUGACUCCUUGCAGCCUCAGAACCCUUCUCAACUUAGCACUAUCCAUCAAUCUGGUUGGGAUGCAAAAAUAAAGCCAUUGCCAUCCUUGG